UAGAAAGUGGAAUCAGCUGCCAGGCCAUCUUUACCCUGGGUGCCAGCCAGUUUCUUUGGUGGCCCAAGGCAGUGUACCUGCCAAUCUAAAAUCAGUGCUCUAGGGAGUUAAGCCCAAAGGAGGGUUUUUGGUGCCCUUUCCCUGAGCCAGGAGCCUGGCAGAACUCCCUUGGACUAAACCACCCCAAAGCCAUGAGUUAGAUUGGUGGACAGACUGCAUUGAGCUGCCGAAGAAACCACUUGCCACCCCUGGGUGUCAAUCUGGUUCCAGGCUACAUGUAGGUCAUCUUGUACAGGCACUGCGACAGUAGAGGCCUUGCCAAGGAAUUGAAGAAGAGAAGAAGAACCCAAGACGCAACAAAUAAAAUUGGUGUGGCCUAAACAGGUACAUGUACAUGUACAUGUACAUGUACCUUAGCAGGAAGAGGGUUAAAAGGUCAAGUUGAGCUAUGCUGGUUUCUAUGCUACAUGAGGAAUUUUUUUACAGGACCCCCCAUUCUGUUCUUAACCACCUGUACUUUUUCUUUGUAGUUCUACUGACAUCAUCCAAAUGUAUAUUUUGCUGUGCCGCCCUGUGGGGUAAUCAAAGACUAAUUUAUACUAAUAAGAUUCUACUUUUACCUGGGCUUGAAAGUCUGCAUGGCUGUACAGCAUUAAAGGUAGGUCUAUAAAUCAAUCCGAGUUCAAACGUUUGUCUGACCACCAGGUAUGCUUGACUGUGUUACACGUACACUUUUUGUGCUCAGCAUGGGAACAAGGAAUGUUGGGACCAAAACCCAUUAUACCUCUUCUAAUCUUUGUUGACUUACCACUGUACUGGUCUUAUGCUUUUAAUUGAUGGCAUUGACUAAAACAAACAUUGACAAAGGUCAUGUUGUCUUCUCAACUGUAAGUAAACAUUGACUUGUGAUAACCGGUAAUUGAUUCAAAGUGAACUACCGGUUUAAUUGCUUUACACAGGGUUAUACCAACUAUCUUGACCAUGGAAGGUUCUUUCAACUGGUUAAAGAUCACUAAACCACUUUCUAUACCCAUUUUGUUCAACCAUGCCCUUUGGCAUAAGUAGUACAGCUUUUACCCUCCAAACUCAGAGCAGGCAAAGUAAACUUGUCACUGUGUCUCUGUAUAAGUAGUAUCUACAUGCAUUUGAAAUGUAAAGAUAAAAAACAAAAUGUAUCUACCCAUAACCUAGCCAUGGAUUUGUCCGCUCCUUUCUGAUACAACCCUGGACCUAAGCUUGAACAAGCGGCACUUCUGUAGGAGGAGGCUAAGAUCAUGGCUGAAGGUGUUAAGUCACAUUUGUGCGGGAAACUCAGAGAAGAACUUUGCUGUCGCAUCUGCCUGGAGCUGUUCUACAUGCCCAAAGUGCUGCCUUGUAAGCACACCUUCUGUCAGGACUGUCUACUGGACUGGGCUGAGGGCCAAGAGUGUUUCAAAUGCCCUGUCUGUCACAUUUGGGCAGGGCCGCCGACUGAAGGGGUACCUGAUCUACCGGACGACAAACUUGUCGAAAACCUGUGUGAACAAAUCCGCAUGCAGGCAGCUGUUAUGGAAGAAACUGCUGAGCAGCCACACUUAACACACAGGUGCAACAAUCACCCACAAGAAGAACUGAAUUUGUACUGUAAGGAUUGCCAUAAAGCAAUCUGUAUUAAAUGUCUGGAAAAAGUCCACCAAGGCCACAGGACUGAAAACUUGGAGAAAACUCUGGAAGGAAGGAUAAUGGAAGAACAGGGUUUGAUCGCUGAGGGUAGGAGUGUACUGGAGACCUAUUGUGACUUUGUUAUAAGUUUGAGAGGCACAGAGAAACAGUUAGAGGAACAAAGGCAGCAGACAGAACAUUACAUCACUCAAGCCUACAAUCAGAGCAUGCAGAAACUCAGGGAGGCAAAAGAUGACACGCUCAGUAAGGUCGAGAAAAAGUACAACCAGAACUUGGACUCGAUACAGAGUCAGCGGAAUGGCAUUUUGGCGGAUUUAUCCGAGCUGUCCGCUGCCUGUGACAGUGCAGAGAACAACAUACAGCAGGGAAGGAUGGCGAUUUUUGAGCAGGACAAUGGUCUUAUCCAAGUUGUGGGGAAACAUAGAGAUAGAGCAGCUCCUUCCCCCUUACCAACAGAUGUUGCUGUCUUCCAACCUGCAGACUUAAGCAGUGUUGUCCAAACUUUAGGGCAACUUACCAUUCAGCCCCUGCAGUCUGCAUUACUAACUGAAGAAGCACAUAGGCAAGAACCAAUAGGUAACAGUGACAGUGAAAUCCAGAGUCCAAAUCUGCCAAAGAGACUAACAUUUGGUGGGAAAGGUGUCAAGAAAGGCAAGUUUACAAGACCUCUUGGUGUGGCUGUGUCAGAGGAUGGACAUAUCUUUGUAGCAGACUGUGGUAACAACAGAAUCCAAGUCUUCGAUUUACAGGGGACAUUCAUGCACAGCAUGGUUACAAGCCUGUCAGGCCACGGCAGGAAAACCAAGGGUUUCCUCCGCCAAAGAACACGGCAUAGAUACAAUGAGGUGAUGUCCCCACAUGACGUAGCCAUAGACGGAGAUGGAAACUUGUGGGUGGUGGGAGAUACAGAUAGUUCUGACUUUGCAGUUGAGUACACCACACAGGGCAAUAUGCUGACCAAGAUAGAGCUACAGAAGACAAGAGCCUGCAGAGGGAUAGCAGUGGACAAGACAAGAGAUUGUAUCCUUGUCACACAAACAGUUGGAACGUAUCUACAACAAGGGGUUGUACUUGAGUUCAGGCCUGACGGAACUCUAGUAAAAAUGGUGGGUAAGCAACAGGGCAUGAACCACCCUCAGUACAUGGCUGUGGACAGGGAGGGGAACAUUUUCGUGUCGGAUUUCUUUCACGACUGUGUCUAUGUCUACGACAACAGCGGAAACUUCCAGUUCAAAUUUGGAGAUGGUGCAAGCAGUGGGCAUCGUCUGAAGUAUCCCCGUGGCAUCUGUACAGACCUUUCAGGUAACAUCAUUGUUGCUGAUAGUAGGAAUGGGUGCUUACAAGUAUUUGACAAAACAGGCAAAUUCCUCAAAUCCAUAACUACAGACAGUAGUGGACCCAGUGCCGUUGCCAUGGCAACACAGGGCCACCUCGUGGUGACUGAUGAACAGGAAGAUACAGUCACCAUUUUUGAGCACUUCUGAUCUGGAAUGAGAUGGACAAUAAAACACUGCUGCAGCAGUACUAGUAAGUGACUUUCCACUAUACAGCUAUUCCUGAGUGACAAUUGAGUGACCAAAAUCAAACUUGUGUGAGUCUUGUUUUAAAAUUCUGGAUAUGAAGCUUAAAUGCAUGAUGAAAAAUAAUGAUUUAAAAGGGAGAAAAACAAAGAAAACAUAACAAUGAUCACCAAACGAAAUUCAUUAAAUAUGUGUCCGCUCUGUGGUCACAGUCUCUAGUGGAAUUUUAGUGUCAUGUACUCAUUUUUUGCUAUUUUCAGAUGAUUGAGGAACAUUUUGUCUGUGCCGGGUGUGUGUGUGGUAAUUUUAGAAUGGAUAUAUGUGUACAAAAAUGUAUAUAAGUUAUAAUGUCCUUCUUUCUUGCUUUUACUCUGCAAUGCAAUUUUGGACAAUUUACUAUAGACACUUAAAGUUCAUCAUUACUAAAUAAAUGUAUUAAACACAAUGUAUUCAAACACAAAAUACAUCUAAAAUGUACUAAUACUGUAAUCUACAGAAUGUUUAGAGACUCAUGCAUGCUAUAUGAGUCACCCUGCAAACUCAUGUGUUUUUAAUUGAUUAGAUGUACUAAGUGCUGUAGACAGCUGUAAAUAGGACUAAUGAUUGACAUGUCUAGCCUGUGUGCCAAUGACCUGUUCAACAACCAGCUUAACAUACCUUGGACUCCAACACAAAUGCACUUAAUGUGAAAUAAACUUGCAACUUGACAAAUACACUUAAUGUGAAUUAAACUCACAACUUGACAAUUUUAAAUGCAGUAGUUUGUCUCAUUGCCUAUCGAUGGGUUGUUUUUGUAACUUGCUACAGGGACCAGAAAGAAUAACGUGUAAAAAAAUUCACAAUGCUAUCACAUGUAUCACCAAAUACAUUUCUAAGUGAAAAAUAACAAAGAAAAAAUGUAUCAAAUAAGAAGGAUUGCCAUUAGCCAAAGUCUGUUCUGACAAAGACCAUUUUGUACAACAGCUUGUGUGUAGUUUUUAGACGUUCACCAUUAAGCAUGGGCUAGUCAGACCACCUUCUCUCCAUGCAGACAGAUCCCUACACAAAAUCGCAUUGCAUUUACAUUAAAUCUGAAAAAUGUUCUUUGCAACAAAUCAAGGAAACACUCCAAACCUAUGGCUAACAAACUGUUUUGAUAUGUAUUCUAUGUGACAAGUACAAUAUAAUAUCAGCUUUAAGUUCCCUGUAAGAUGGCAACUUGUCAGUCAUGCUUGGCUGAACAUCUAUUCAAUAUCCAGACUAAUAUAAUACACUGCUCCCUGCCAUCCUUGCUGAACCUCUAUUCUCAGAUUCAUUUCACAAUCCUGCAAGUCUUUAUCUGUGCUGCAUACAAAGUGACUACCUUUAUCAAAUGUUCACUGAGGUAUGGUGAACUACUGACUCAUUCAGUAUAGCAGUUGUAAAAGAGUAGUGUUGCUAAUGCAUCAAAGAUAUGGAAAAAUCUGCAGAAUAUUUUGUAAAGGGAGCGUCUCAAAGAAUUCAAGCUGUUUUAACGUAAAAAUAUUUUCAUGCUAUUACGCAAUUGUCAUUUGAGAUACAUGUACAGGCAGUUAAUUUGCAAGGUACUAAUUCAAAUUUAAAGCAGAAAAUAUGAAAGAUGGUUGCAGAAAGACAUGUGGGGUCAAGUGGUAUUUUCUCUUUUGUCACAUUAUGCAUUCAUGUGACAUUGUCAAGGGAAAUUUUAAUUGGCAGUUAAUCUGUAACACUUUUACACUUUUGAAAAAAAACUUGUAUCAUAAGAAUGUUGCAACCACUAGAAAAAAACUUUCAUCAGUACUAAUCUCAAUAAAAUUUAAAACAUUUAUGUAAAAACAUGACAAAUCUUAAAAUGCCUGGA